AUGUCGAUCAAGCUCGAGAGCUCGGAUGAGCAGGUGUUCGAGGUGCCCAGGGAGGUGGCCGAGAUGAGCCUCACGAUCAAGAACAUGCUGGCGGACAUCGACUCGCCCAGCACAGACUCCAUCCCGCUCAGCAUCACGGGCAACAUCCUCGCCAAGGUUGUGGAAUGGGCCACCUACCAUCAUGCCAACCCACCACCAGUCGCGAAUGAGAGUGAGCCGAAGAAGAAGCUGACCAAGGAAGAAGAGGAGAAGGCGAAGGAGGAGAGGCGAAAGAUACUGCCGUGGGACAAGGAGUUCUGCGACGUCGAUCAAGCAACCCUGUUCCAGCUCAUGAUGGCCGCCAAUUACCUCGACAUCAAGGCCCUCCUCGAGCUCACCUGCAAGACCGUCGCCAACAUGAUCAACGGCAAGGCGCCCGACGAGAUUCGCGCCCUCUUCAACAUCAAGAACGAUCUCACCCCCGAGGACGAGGAGAAGAUGCGACAGGACUACGGCUGGAGCCUCGACAACCUCAAGAAGGAGGAGUAG